AUGGCAGAGGUGCUUAUCUCGUCGGAGGAAGAUGUCCAUUUGGUAGUGAAACGUGAAGUAAGCCCUUCUUCUUGUCAUGUGGACACGAAUGGUCGUGAGGUCUCCUCGAGUGUGAGUGGUUUCUCUCGCACAUCUUCGAAUGCAGAAUUCGCCGACAUGACCAGAUUUUUACAUCACAGUGGUGCUGUUCCGAGCGCAUUUGGACCAGGUGACUUGGAAGCCGACGAGGUCGAAGUACCACUGCACUCUGACGUUCGCUUCAUUCAACUUCCUCGGAGGAUCACUAAUGCGUUGGUUCGCCAUCGUCGGAUUGUGGUGAGCAGUAGUGGCGUAAUCAGACCACUGCCCUACGAACCCAAUGAACCUGUGCAGUCGGAUGAUAGCAACACUGAUGGAAUUGAUCCUGUUCAAAGGAGAAUCCUACACGCGCUGGAGAAAGAACGCUCUAGAAAUGCAUCCAAUCAGAAGGUUCCGGUUGACGGCGCAGUGGAUAGCGAGGCAAUAGAAUCCGAGAACAAGGAGAAUACGAUGGACAGCGACUUUGAAAAAGCGGGUCUCACCUUAUGUGAUCGAAUCAGUUCGCUGCACUGCUCUGCUGCAGAGCCAGAAGACGACUCGGAAGAAGAACUCGAAGAAGUUGACAUGGAUCUGUACGCUGCUUUAGGGUUCACGCCUGCUCAGAUUGAUCGUUUGAAGAACGCUCCCCUGUGGGCUCCGCUCCCGAAAAAAGCGACCACCGAUGAUGCAGCAGAGGAAGAGGAGGUGGAUGCUGAAGAAAGUUCUGAUGAAAGCGAUCAGAAAGGACAAGUGGACCCCAGCGAAAGGUCAUGGGAAGUUGCUGUUAUAUUACGCCCAAAUAUGGUCAAAUACCCUGAUGGAUCUAAGGAAAAAGAAUAUGUGGUUAUAUGGAAAGACUGGCCAUGGAAUGAUUGUUGGAGCUUAGCCCCGGAUUGUUUUGAUGAUGGUGACAAAAAGUUGGCAGCAGCCGAUACGAGAGAGCGUUUGAUAUCGCAGAUGGCUGCUCGCAUGCAACAGAGGGAUCCAGAAGGGUUUGCACAAGCUUUCCCUAAUUUCCAUAGACGUCAUGAUUAUACCAGCUGGCACCGAGUACACCUUCGCAUGACCGAACAAGCAAUCAAUGACGAACUGGAAGGCCUCGGGAUCGCACCGAUUUACUUCGAAAACUGGACGGGUGAUGAACGUGCUACCAUCGAUGUUAAGUAUUUAACCAGAUGUGCAAUGUCAAUUUCUAACUACCGCGAAGCUAAGGCAACUGGUGUCGCGCUUCGUCUACAGUAUCCAGAGGACGGUGCUGGGUGUGACUGCAAGGACGGGCAAUGCACUCCGUUUUGCCCAUGCGUAAUGAUAAUGGGACGGGAUCAGAUACGAAUGCGCAGCACGGGAAAAGUUGAUGUGGAGAAGCUUGCCGAAGCUAUCUCAGUCGAAUGCGGAACUACUUGCUCAUGUGAUUCAAACUGUCCAAGCAGAUAUGCAGAGCGUGGUAGAAAGGUUCCAUUAGUCGUGAUGUACACGACGACAAAGGGGUGGAGCGUCUUUGCGCCGCAAAUAAUUCCAGCCGGUACUUUCCUCGGUACCUAUACUGGCGAGCAUCAAAUACCGGGUACAAAGCAGUAUGUCGUUGACGCGUCGCGGAUGGGAAAUGAAACGCGUUACUUCAAUCACGCUUGCGGUGACGCGGCUAACCUUAAGGCAGUAUCUUUGCUGUCUCGUGGCAAUCUACUUACUAAUAACAUGCUCUUUUUUACAAAGCGAAUGAUCUCCAAAGGUGAAGAACUCACCUUCUCGUAUCGUGGUAAGGACGCUGAGGAACAGAAGAAUGGCAUCCGAUGCUUAUGUACACCUGGCUGUCAGAGUCGAUUGUGA